GAUGGCGGGGGAGGAGAGCCUCACUGACGAAUUAGAGCAGAUAGACUUUCUAAGAGACAGACAUGUACGCUUCUUUCAGAGAACUCUCCAGGUUUUACCAGAAAGAUACGCCUCCUUGGAGACAACCAGGUUGACUAUCCUAUUUUUUGCCCUGUCUGGUCUCGAUGUUCUCGAUGCCUUGGAUGUCAUCGACAGCAAGGUCACUAUUGAGUGGAUCUACUCCUUGCAGGUCCUACCCACAGAAGACCAAUCUAACAUCAGUCGCUGCGGCUUUCGAGGAUCAUCACACAUCGGAAUUCCGUGCAACACCGAGGGCCCCGGUGUGCUCCAUCCAUACGACAGCGGCCAUGUAGCCAUGACUUACACUGGACUGUGCUCUUUGCUAAUACUGGGAGACGACCUGAGCCGAGUCAACAAACAGGCCUGUCUGGCAGGUCUCAGGGUGCUGCAACUGGACGACGGCAGUUUCUACGCCGUGCCAGAAGGAAGCGAAAACGAUAUACGCUUUAUCUACUGCGCCGCCAGUAUCUGUUACAUGCUGGACGACUGGUCGGGCAUGGAUAUCCAAAAGGCCAUCGAGUACAUCCGAGGAAGCUUGUCUUACGAUAACGGGUUUGGUCAGGGAGCCGGAAGAGAGUCCCACGGCGGCUGGACGUACUGCGCCAUCGCCUCCUUAUGUUUGAUGGGUCGAUUGGAAGAAGCGCUGACUCAGCGGGAGCUGGACAGGAUCCGCCGCUGGUGCAUCAUGAGACAGCAGAGUGGCUUCCACGGGCGCCCCAACAAACCUGUAGACACGUGUUACUCUUUUUGGGUGGGCGCAACAUUAGAGCUACUAGAUGUGUUCCAGUACACCGACUUUGACAAGAACAGAACCUUCAUCCUGUCCACGCAGGAUCGAUUAGUGGGAGGCUUCGCCAAGUGGCCAGACAGCCAUCCAGACCCUCUGCACGCCUACUUGGGCCUGUGCGGUUUGUCUCUGAUCGGAGAGCCCAGCCUGAGGAAGGUCCACCCGGCUCUUAACAUCACCCAGAGGGCCUUUGAGCACCUCCUCCAGCUGCAGCAGACAUGGAGGGACAAUAGCGGCGGCUGUAGUGGACAGCACUGACAGGACGACCAUCCAGCAUGUUCAGUAAACACACGUCUAAGGAGUCUUUUUUUUACCUAGGUGGCCUAGUGUCCAGCUAGUAACUUUGGAAAGUGGCCUUUCCUUUACAUAAAGCUGCCUUUUGGUGAAAAAAAAAAAAUAUGUGCCAGGACAAAAUCACCAGAGACCUGAAGACAUAACAGGUGCCAAAUUGUCUCCCAUCAUGAUUAAGAAUAGAAAGAAAACCUGUGUGGAUGUGGAGCAGCAAUGUUUAAGGAUGUGUUUUGGCUGAUUUAUAGUUGAACAGUGUUAUGUAAGAUGGACAUGAAACCUUUUAGCAGCACCCUCAUGGACAACAGCUUCUUACGCACACAAGACGUAAUCAUGCAUUUGAAGGGGACCAGUCUUAAUUCUGACUGAAAUUGUGGAAAAAGGUUGAGACCAAUCAUGUUGUCCUUGGAAGCAAAGCGCCUUCUAAGGACAGGCGGUUCGUAAUAACUAACACCUUUCCAGUGCUUUUAUUGACCUUUUCAAAGCUUGCCACGCUCAAAAAGGUUAAUUCCAGCCCUGCAGCUUUCAUCUCCACCCUUCUUCUCCCACCAUCUUUGUUUGCUAAUGAGGAGGUAUGAUCAGGUGGUGCUGCACCCAAAGGAGAUUAGUAGCCAACAACCACCUGAAGGGACUCUUUGGUCUUCUGGAAGAUUGUUCUACAACACCUGCAGGAAACAAAAGAAAACAACAGCUUCUAGGAGCAAGCGGGAAUCAAACGUCUCUUAGGGAAUUUCUCUUUUUGAUCCCGUGAGCUGGCCUGGUUCAGACAGAUUCACCAUUGCCGACAGUAACUAUUUAAUGGAUCCACUUGAUAGCCAUCUUUCACCUCAGGCUCUAGUUGCAACGUCCUGUUUUUCCCUAUCAUUGGUGUGGAAUCCUUCCCGAAGCCUUUUUCAGCAAGUGAAUCGUAAGCCCCGUUUUAAAGGGGAACAUUAUCACCAGACCUAUGUAAGCGUCAAUAUAUAUCUUGAUGUUGCAGAAAAAAGACCAUAUAUUUUUUUAACCGAUUUCCGAACUCUAAAUGGGUGAAUUUUGGCGAAUUAAACGCCUUUCUAUUAUUCGCUCUCGGAGUGAUCGGGAAGCAAUCCGCCAUUUUCUCAAACACCGAGUCAAAUCAGCUCUGUUAUUUUCCGUUUUUUCGACUGUUUUCCGUACCUUGGAGACAUCAUGCCUCGUCGGUGUGUUGUCGGAGGGUGUAACAACGCGAACGGAGACGGAUUCAAGUUGCACCAGUGGCCCAAAGAUGCAAAAGUGGCAAGAAAUUGGACGUUUGUUCCGCACACUUUACCGACGAAAGCUAUGCUACGACAGAGAUGGCAAGAAUGUGUGGAUAUCCUGCGACACUCAAAGCAGAUGCAUUUCCAACGAUAAAGUCAAAGAAAUCUGCCGCCACACCCCCAGGAAAAGAGAGCGGAUGAGGGUAUGUCUACAGAAUAUAUUAAUUGAUGAAAACUGGGCUAUCUGCACUCUCAAAGUGCAUGUUGUUGCCAAAUGUAUUUCAUAUGCUGUAAACCUAGUUCAUAGUUGUUAGUUUCCUUUAAUGCCAAACAAACACAUACCAAUCGUUGGUUAGAAGGCGAUCGCCGAAUUCGUCCUCGCUUUCUCCCGUGUCGCUGGCUUUCGUGUCAUUUUCGUCGGUUUCGCUUGCAUACGGUUCAAACCGAUAUGGCUCAAUAGCUUCAGUUUCUUCUUCAAUUUCGUUUUCGCUACCUGCCUCCACACUACAACCAUCCGUUUCAAUACAUGCGUAAUCUGUUGAAUCGCUUAAGCCGCUGAAAUCCGAGUCUGAAUCCGAGCUAAUGUCGCUAUAAAGUUGCUGUUCUAUCCGCCAUGUUUGUUUGUAUCGGCAUCACUAUGUGACGUCACAGGAAAAUGGACGGGUGUAUAUAACGAUGGUUAAAAUCAGGCACUUUGAAGCUUUUUUUAGGGAUAUUGCGUGAUGGGUAAAAUUUUGAAAAAAACUUCGAAAAAUAAAAUAAGCCACUGGGAACUGAUUUUUAAUGGUUUUAACCCUUCUGAAAUUGUGAUAAUGUUCCUCUUUAAGGAAGAUCCUGCAAAAUGGCUGUCAAUGAAAGAUCCAGCAUUUAUUCACCUUUGCCUUUUUACACAGAACACAAUGAACCGAAAUAUUUCCAAUCAGAGGUAGUGUUAGCAUCUAGUGUGACGAAUACAAAACUUGACAAACAACCACGCUACUGUUAGUUCUAGUGCCUGGUCAGCUGGGGUUCCACAUUGGGUGACGCAAACCACUGCUGGCUCACUGGUCGUCAUCGCUGCAUCAUUCUAGCAUUUGAUACACGGAUAUAAAUGACACACAAGCUAACUUUAGCUUAGCUGUGCCUUACACUCUAUCGUCUUCUCAGUCUGUUACGUGCCAACCCUACCGUUUUCCCCGUCAAACUCAAGUAUUUUUGUCCUUCUGUCCCAGCGUCUUCCUGUUCCCAUAAACUUCAGCUGAAGCAGUGCUUCCCAAUUAUUUUCUGUUUCGCCCUAAGAAGAAAAAAACCUUCCACGCCUCACACCACUCUCUGCCACGACUGAAUAGCAUCAUUUGUCUAAUUGGUAUAAGUACACCUCUGCAUAACAUUGUAUCGUUAUUAGCAAUUGAGAAGAAGAAGAUGAUCUUUAUUGUCGCAUGUACAGUGCCCUCCAAAAGUAUUGGAACAGUGAGUCCAAUUUGUUUAUUUUUGUUGUAGACUGAAAACAUUUGGGGUUGACAUCAAAAGGUGAAUAUGGGACAAGAGAUCAACAUUUCAGCUUUCAUUUCCAGGUAUUUACAUCUGGAUCUGAUACACAACUUAGAAGAUAGCAUUAUUUGUAAUGGAACACAACAUUUUUAGGUGAGCAAUUGUAUUGGAACAUAUAAACUUAAAAUAGAUAAAAGUGAACAAGGCUUAAGAUUUAUAGCUACAAUGAGCACGUUUUGUAGUGCGCAGCUAUUCGAAAUGGGGUUUUAAGAACGACACUUCAUGAUACUGAUAAAGCAUGUUUCCCGGAGUCACACACGCGCUCCCCGCCAAGGCACCACUUGAUAAACAUUGCUGUUCAAAAUAAAAGCACACCACUGCACCAUACUUGCCAACCUUGAGAC